CGAGAUGAGGGACUGUAUAGCUCAGGGUGCCUUCAUGGCGCUUGCGUGAUCUCAUUGGUUCCUCUGAGCAUCUCUAGGAGGUGGCUGACAAAUCUGCCUAGAGCAGCACAGCGACGACAUCGGACCGCAACUCUAGGCCGGCUGGGCGGCUCCCAGGACGCUGGGGCUGACUUUCCUUGUUCACCCGCGGGAAGGCUGGGGCCUGGCUGUGCCGCGGCACACCAAGCGGGGAUGACCGGAAGCCUCGAGUCGACGUGUGGGCUUCAAUGGAAAACUCAAAACAAGCGCUCCCCGGAGGCCAACGUCGUGCAUCCGUUCGGACCAAUCCCCUAAAGCGGUGUUUGUCACCUAGCCCAAUGAGCCCUGGCUCUUGGGCCACCUCACAUCAAACCGCUCUCUGAUUGGUUCGUCUUUCGGGACCGCGGCGUUGCCCCAGCAACCGAACUAUGGGACGCGGAGGGGCCUCCAGGCUGCCAAAUCAAACCCUGGAGCUCUUUCUUCACCUGCCUUGCGGGUUUCCUGCAUCAUGUCCGUGCGGACUCUGCCGCUGCUCUUUUUGAACUUGGGCGGGGAGAUGCUUUAUGUCCUGGACCAGCGGCUGAGGGCCCAGAACAUCCCUGGAGACAAGGCCCGCAAAGAUGAAUGGACAGAGGUGGACAGAAAACGAGUUCUGAACGAUAUCAUCUCAACCAUGUUCAACAGAAAGUUUAUGGAGGAACUGUUCAAACCCCAGGAGCUGUACUCUAAGAAGGCCCUGAGGACGGUAUAUGACCGCCUGGCUCACGCCUCCAUUAUGCGACUGAACCAGGCCAGCAUGGAUAAGCUCUAUGACCUGAUGACCAUGGCUUUCAAAUAUCAAGUGCUGCUGUGUCCUCGCCCCAAAGAUGUGCUGCUGGUCACUUUCAACCAUUUAGACUCCAUCAAGGGAUUCAUUCGGGACUCCCCAACCAUCCUGCAUCUAGUGGACGAGACCUUCCGGCAGCUAAUAGAAAUAUAUGGGAGUCUCUCUGCCGGGGAGUUCCAGUUGAUCCGGCAGACACUGCUCAUCUUCUUCCAAGACCUGCAUAUCCGAGUAUCCACAUUUCUAAAGGACAAAGUUCAAAAUUCUAAUGGUCGCUUUGUAUUGCCAGUGUCCGGGCCUGUUCCCUGGGGAACUGAAGUUCCUGGAGUCAUCAGAAUGUUCAACGACAAAAGCGAAGAAGUAAAGAAGAUAGAAUUCAACCAUGGCGGAGACUAUGUUGCCGCAUAUAAGGAAGGUUCUUUUGAGCUGUAUGGAGACAGAGUCUUAAAACUGGGAACUAACAUGUACAGCGUGAAUCGGCCUGUGGAAACCCAUAUGUCUGCAACAUCAAAGAACUUAGCCUCAAGGACACAGGAAAACAUUGCUCCAAACCCUCUUGCCAAAGAAGAGCUGAAUUUCUUGGCCAGGCUAAUGGGAGGGAUGGAGAUCAAGAAAACGAGCGGCCCUGAACCAGGAUUCCGGUUGAAUCUGUUUACGACCGAUGAAGAGGAGGAACAUGCAGCACUGUCCAGGCCAGAGGAGUUAUCCUAUGAAGUCAUCAACAUACAGGCUACACAGGACCAGCAACGGAAUGAGGAGUUGGCCCGGAUCAUGGAGGAGUUUGAGAUCACAGAGCAGCCAGAGAUCACAGAGCAGAGCGCAAGCAAGGGAGAUGACUUGCUCGCCAUGAUGGACAGGUUAUAGAAGUACCAUGGGCACCCCGUACCACUCCCUCAAGACGCUGCCUGACGAGCACCCUGGGAACAGAUGGCCUGGGAUCCAAUGUGCUCCUGCUGGUUUCUCCCACUGAGAUCUGCACCUAGUCCAUUUUUAUAUCAGAACAAACUGAAACUCUCUCAGAGAGCAUCCUCUUCUGAUGCCACACACAUAUAUGUAUUUUCAGCAAAAUAUAUUCUGUCUCUUAACCCAGA